AUGCCUCAACCGCCUCUAUCUGUUGACACGCAUCCCUAUAUGCUACCAAAAGCAUUACAAGAGCUUUCUGACGAAAAGGUUGUGGAACAUUUGGCAGAAAUGGAAGCAAUCUCGGAGACAUUGUUGGAUAACAGCCUACCAAGUACUGAGCCUGCAGGAGACUUCCAUCCGCAAAAAUCCAUUGACUCCUCGAGCCACUUAAAGAUACUUAAGACUAAGCAGUUGGUGAUGGAAUGUGUGAUGCGGAAGCUUCUGCGUUCGAUGAAACAAAUUCAAGACCCAGACCCGGAGAGAAAAAAUAAGACCGAAAAUGAGGCUGAGCAAAGGCUCAAAAUGGCUCGCAUGAUGCAGCUGCUGAUGCUGCAAAGGAAAAACCUUCAGCAACAAGUUGACGUUCUAACACAGAAUUAUGACAGUCUUUUGCAGAAACACCAGUGCUUGAAGACCUAUUCGGAGGGUUGUGUUUCAGAGAACCUGGAAGUGAACAAGAAGUGUCGUAAACUUCAGACUGAACGCGAUAGCAAGGAGGCGCAAAUCAAGGCUCUGAUGCAACUAAGCUGCAAAUUACAGAAGAAACUCGAGAGUCAUGCACACACGGAGUUGGCAUUGGAGAACACAAAUCUCGAAUUGAAGCGACUCGUCUGCGACAAUGAAAAUCUCAGAGCAGCUAAUCAGCAACUGGAAACAUCCUGUACUGAAAAUUUAAAGGAACGUGAAAGCCUGACUCUACAAAAUAAUCAACUGAAAAUGGAUUUGGAUAGAAUUCGAACAGAAUUGGCAAAUCAGCGGGUUCGUACAGAAAAAGUCUCGGCAGAAAAUGCAAAUCUCCGAAAUCAAUUAAGCAUUGCAGAGGCAGGAAGUAAAACUGCAGCAAAAAAGAGUGUUGAAUACGGUCAGUUGAGAGAAGCCUACGAAAACCUUCAAUAUGACCACCAACGUCUGCAGAUGCUUUACAUCUCGGAGACUGAAACUCGACGUGAAUUGCAUAACCAAUUGCAGGAGGUGAAUGGAAACAUUCGGGUAAUUAGUCGUUUCAGGCCAGCUGAAGAAUGUGAUGAGGUUGUGGAAUCCCCUUUUGAAUUUUGUGCGAUGGACAAGAUUUUUGUUUGUGGAAAAUCCAUCCCAAUUUCUGUGGCCUAUCAACGCCAGUUAGGCUACAAUCAGCCGCAGGCAUAUACAGCCCGGGAUGAGUUCUUUGCAUUUAAUCGAGUCUUCCAGGAGAGUGCUAAUCAAGCAGACAUCUUCGAGGAAAUCCAACCAAUCGUUGGGUCCUUCGUGGAUGGCUACAACGUGUGCAUUCUAGCGUAUGGACCCACAGGAAGUGGGAAGACCUACACUAUGCAAGGAACUAAAAGUUGUCCUGGCAUCUGUCGGCGUGCCGUUACGGAGGUGUUUUCUCUUUGUGAUCCUCUUCAAGGUGUUUGGUGCACUGAAAUCAACGUUGCUAUGUUUGAAAUCCACAACGAGGUGAUAUACGACCUUCUAGCUCCACAAAUUACCCCCGUGAAGCUCUGCGACAACGGAUCUGAUGUGCGAUUGGUGAAUGCAGAAGAGAAGAUCACAACAUCGGAGCAGGAGACAAUGCAUUGGAUAGAGAAGGGCUACAUCAGACGCAAGGUGAGCUCCACCCGGCUGAACAGUGAGUCUUCGCGCUCCCACCUCAUCAUACGCAUGCAUCUCACGCUGGUCAGUACGUUAGACAAUCAGCGUAGAACCUCCUCCCUCGUCCUAUGCGACUUAGCUGGUUCAGAGUCCGCGGAACGCAUAGAAGCCGACGAGGCGCUCCAUAUGGAGACGGGUUACAUUAAUCGAUCUCUUGUGACCCUAGCACGAGUGUUUGAGACGCUUCGACGAAAAUCGGGUCAAUGUGCCUCAACGGGAUUGGCCAUACCUUACCGAGACUCCAAACUGACCCAUUUGCUCAAGCCCUGCCUAGGCGGACAGGCCAAAUGCGUACUUAUUGUGACGGCGUCGCCGGAGCAAAAGCAUUUGGACCGCACAUUGAAGGCUCUUGAAUUCGCUCAAAGAGCGAUGCAAGUAUCUCUUGGACGACCGGCAAAGAAUAACCGAAUUCUGGUGUCCAAUCAGACACCUAGGUCUUAG